UUUCAGGUCUUUGACAAGACCUUCGCGCACAUGCUCGGGAAGAAUGCCCGGAUCACCGAGGUCGCGCGCAACGACUCCUUCGCCUUCGCGCACGAGGCGCCGAUCUGGGAUCCCAAGACGGAGGACGUGUACUUCGCGAGCAACGCGGGGGGCGCGUUGGGGUUGAGCGGGCUGCACGCGAACAAUCGGGUGGGGAAGAUUAGUUUGAAGGGGCUGAGGAGGGAGGUGCUGAAUGGGACGGCGAUCAACCUGCCGGUGACUCAUACCGUGCAAAUGACAAACGGGGGAACAGGGCCUUACUAUGGACAGUUGCUCUUCAUCAACUCCGGACGCGGCCAUCGCCCAUCGUCACUCACCCUCACCGACCCUGCCCCGCCGUAUAAUACCACCGUCCUCCUCGACAACUUCUACGGCCGGCAGUUUAACUCCCUUAACGACGUGAAGAUCCAUCCGAGCGGGAAGAUUUUCUUCACGGAUACGAUCUAUCUGCAGGACUUCCGUCCGGAUCCGACCCUCCCUAGUCAAGUAUACCGCCUCGACCCAGCUACGGGCGCAGUACGCGCGGUAGCAGACGGUUUCCACAAGUGCAAUGGGCUCGCGUUCUCGCGCGACGGGAAGACUGCAUACGUAACUGACACUGGUCCCGCAAACGGCUUCCGUGAGACCGUCCACUCUGCACCGUCAGCCAUCUACGCCUUCGACGUCGACCCCAAGACGCAUACCUUCACCAACCGGCGGCUCUUUGCCUUCGUUGACGCGGCUAUCCCGGACGGCAUCCAGGUCGACAAAGGGGGGAACGUAUACUCUGCGUGCGGGGAUGGGGUGCACGUGUGGGAUUGGAGGGGAAACCUCAUCGGCAAGUUCUUCCUCGGCGAACUCUCCGCCAACAUGGUCUUCGCGGGCCCCGGGCGCCUUGUCAUUCUCGCGGAGACGAAGAUAUAUGUGGCGGACUUCGCUGCGAUGACGUUCCCGGUGCAAUAUCCGGCAUGACAGGGCAGAGAUUCUAUGACGAGCACGAGCAUGGGCGGAGUGUACCCGUGACAGCGCGAGCACGAAGGGUACCACUCAAGCGAGCAUGAGCGAAGUGUAGCUGAGUAUUGUAUUCGAGUCAGCUUGCAU